CCUUGACCUUGUGCCACAACCAUGUUCUACUCGGAAACAGUGUUGUCGCGUCGAGGUCCGCUUGGGAGAGUAUGGAUCGCGGCCCAUAUGGAGAGGAAGCUCUCCAAAGCCCAGACGCUGCAGACUGAUAUAGAGCACUCAGUCGGCGUAAUCAUUGGGGAUGAAAUAAAGGUCAUGGCGCUGCGUUUGAGCGGGCAAUUACUCCUCGGUGUCGUCCGUAUCUACAGUCGGAAAGCGAGAUAUCUUUUGGAGGAUUGCAACGAAGCUCUUCUCAAGAUCAAAAUGGCUUUCCGCCCGGGUAUGGUCGACAUGACCGAAGAUCAACUCGCUGUAAACAAGAACGCAAUCACGCUCCAGGGAAACGCCGUUGAUCUCGAUUUACUCAUACCGGACAUUGACUGGCAUGCUAAUUUCGGUCGACCUCAACCCGCUCAGAGCAAUCAUCAGGCCCAUAUAGAUGACAUCACUCUACGAACUGCAGCGGACCCUUUCUCAAAUUUCGAUCUCAACGACCCGUUCGACAUCGGACCUUUGGAUGGGGGAAUAGGGUCUCAAGAUUUUUUGGAUACUGGUUUGGAUUUUGGAGACAGCGAGAAGCCAGAUGAAGAUGACGGAAUGAGUGUAAACGACAGCAUCGGUGUCGGCCGUGAUCUUGUCGCUGGCGAUGAAUCAUUCGGUCUGAAUCGAGAUGAAAACAUGGAUCUCGACAUUUUCUCUCAGCACAGCAGAGCUGGAUCGGAACAUCCUUUCGGCAUGGACAUGGAGAUGGACGUUCCUGAGUUUGACCUGGGAAUAAAUUUCGGCGACGUAGAUGAGCGAGAGAAGACUCCCGAACAGACUAGAUCGUCGCGAGGAUCAUCUCCCCUAUCUGACGUGCCUCAGACACCUCCGGAUGAGCCGAUCGCUCUUCCUGACAUUGAGGUAGACGCGGACAAGACACCCAAGGCUAAACGCAAGGUCAAGCCCAAGAAACAAGUGAUCGACACUGUGACAGAACUUGAUGGAGGGCCAGGUGCGAAGGUGGGAAAACGAAACGGAGGUCUCGGACCGUCAGUCAAUGUGGAUGUCAGCGGGAUCUUGAGCGAGCAACAAUUCCUUCCGCGCACAUCAAUGAUGAUUCGACUACUCGAAAUCCGCGACGAUCCCAUCUCGCACUUUCUGCCGACGAAAGUGGCUGCAGACGGCACCUUCUUCUGUGCAGCUCCGUCAGGCCUGACCGCCGAGCUCACAGACCUCUUUAUGCGACCGGCCGGUUUCUCAGCUCUCAAACGCCGUGGGACGUCGCCGAAAGGUUCAAACAAGCGACAGAAAACGGAGGAAGUGAUUGUCCCCGUAGAAGAUGAAGUUGAACAAGGCCGUCGGGAAGCCAGUAUUGCACCUAGCAUCGGAGGGCGCAGUGAUCUCCGCGCUGUCAGUGGUGGGCCGGAUGGCACGUUCGACUUUGGUGACCAGGGUGUCGUUCCGUUGGACGAUUUCCAGCUGGACAUUCCUGAGAUGGAUGUCAACCUUCCUGAAAUGGAUGCUAAUCUUCGUGGUAAAUCUGCAGUGCCAUCGGAUCGAAGCAGACUAUCGACCCCAGCACCGGAUGGAAUCUUUGAUGACAGUCUGGAAACAUACGCAGACGCGGCCUGCCCUAUUGUCAUGUUCGACUCAAAAACCCAGACUCAGACUGUUGAAAAAGAGGACGAGCCCACCGAACACAAUGCCAAGGGAUAUAGCAAGAACACCGUCAAAGCGCUUGGACUGAUCCGGCAAGAAUUGAAGCCGAUAGACGACGAAGAGGAAGAGAGGGUACUCAGUUUCCGCAAAAUGGCCGACAAGGUUUGUGCAACUGUCCGUCUCCUGUCCGGUGCUGAUCUCCUUCAGGCCUCGCGUCGUGCUGCAGCUUCCUUCUUCUUUGAGCUGCUUGUUUUGAGCACCCGAGACUGUGUGAGCGUGGAACAGAGUGCCCCGUUCGAAAACAUCCAAGUCCGGGCGAAGGACAAGCUAUGGGAUCGUCAGGCCCAUGCCUCACCUGGGUCGCGGGCCGGCUCAGUUGCGCGUUCCCUCGGUUCUGCGUUGGGUCUCUGA